AACACAAUGCGUCGCUCAUACUCGCGCUCCCCAUCCCGGUCAAGAAAUUCUGAUCGGCGAUCGAAAACGUCUCGCCGACGAUCUAGGUCCAAAUCGAUAGACUAUGACAAAUAUCGCAGAAAGGGUGACGAUAAAAGCCGCCGUCAGGAUCGUUCCGAGACGCGUUCCAAAAGCCGAUCUGCAGCAGCUUCCUCAUCCACCUACCAGCGGGACAAAAAAUCGCCAUAUCGUAACAGAUCCAGAGAUAGAAGCUACACAACUAGUUCACGUAAGAGAUCCUCAUCUCGGGAGCGAUAUCGCGAGCGGAAAUCACACGAUCGGGCACGAUAUCGUUGUUCCUCCAGCAGUUCCAGCAGUUCAUCCUCCACAAGCUCCUCCAGUAGCAAUCGUACAAGCUCCUCGAAAUCAUCCAAAAGUUCGCACAAUCCAUCGCCAGCCAAAGUGAACACAGGUAAUAAUGAGAAAGCUUUUGUUUUUAAAUCCAUGUCCGAUACGUACGAUGAUCCAAUGAACAAGGUCUCAAAAAUGGAAGAACUGAACGCGGACGAGUUCGUCCCACAAACCUUCGUAUCAAGCAGAAAGGUAGCAUUAUCGGUACCGACCCAGAGCAGUAUAGUUAUAGAUUUGGAAGCGCAAACAAUUAAAGUACCCACUAACGAAAGCCCUGCAACAUAUGAAGAUCCUUUGUUUCACAGCAUGUUUUUCUCAAUCGAUGAUAACGAACGAAUGGCGCGAUGGGUUAAAAAACUGCAUCUUUUGCGCCAAUCAAUACAAUAGAUGUACGAUAA